AUGGUUAUCGACUCAUGCAAUUCCACCGGCACCCAACCCAUACGAAAUGAGAAGUGCUGGCUACGUGGUCAUAGGCAUGGACCUUAUCAGUACUUGUCCGUUGACGAUCAGCAGCAGAUCUGGACAGUUCCGGAGACACUGCUUUAUAGGUGUGUUUUGAAUAACAGUCCAGCCGGCGGAUUACAGAAUGGAAAGCUCUCUCUGAAAAGCAGCGUUCAUCCACAUAAGCAAGCCGGGAUUUCUGUUUCUUCACCAUCAAAUCCAAUGUGGUCUUGCGGUGGAUUCCCGAAUAUUGGAGGAGUAGCCGUUCCAUGCGAACCUGUAGCUGGUGGAGGAGGGGGAUACUAUGGUAGGCAGGGUUAUCGUAUAAGUCACGGCACCUUAGUAGGAGAUAUUUCCAGGUGGCCGAGCUAUGACGCGAAAUCACGGUUCUGGUGGAACGAGCUGGCUUGUCCAACUGAUGCUCAGAUGCCUGCCGCCUUCAAUGUCCGCCGAGAUCGACCUGCUUCUUCACAGAUCUUGACUCUGCCGACCAUAUGGAAUGUUUGUGCGAGUUCGGUGAAACAGUGUCUUCUUCUGGCACCUGCGCUCAGUCUCGUGGUUGGUGAAAUUUGGGGAAAUUCAAUCCAUUCAUAUGUUGUUUCGUUACUGAUUCGGCGGAAAUGGGCAGUUAUGGCACUUUUCAUCUGCACCUCCUUACUUCUUGCUGGUCUUGUUCGAUGUGCUAGAAGGUGCGCUAAAAGGCGGCCAACAGCAGCGGAUCAGAUCAAGUUAUUAGUGAUGAAAUCGGAUUACAAAGACAUUGACAUUGGGGAGCCGUACUGGGAUCAAAUCGCCUCACUUCCUUGCCUUCCGUGGGAUGAUAUUGCCAUCGGCAGAGAAAUUGGAACGGGCGCAUUCGGAAACGUGCACGAAGGUCGAACAGCGGAUGGACAAAUAUUCGCCGUGAAAACAAUAUGCAUGAAUAAGAGCACGUCAGCCGAGGCUCAGCGCGAGUUCGCUUUCGAAGCGUUAUUUAUGCACAAAUUCAAUCAUCCCAAUAUUGUAAGGCUUCACUGGAUACAGUGGGAUCCGCCUCGAUUACGUAUUAUUCUCGAGUUUAUGGGUGGCGGAGAUUUGCGGUCAUUCUUAAGAGAAGCUCGUCCAACUCAGGAUGAUUUGAAUCCUUACGAUUUGCGUAUUCUGAACCUGAUCGAAAUAGCAUUAGACAUAGCUAGAGGAUGUCAAGAGCUGAAUCGUCAAAAGUAUAUUCAUCGAGAUCUAGCGGCACGAAAUUGUCUGCUCACGGAGAAGGGUCCAAAUAGAAGAGUUAAGAUUGGCGAUUUCGGCAUGGCAAGGGACAUCUAUGAGAAUAAUUACUAUCGCAAAGGUGGUCGCGCCAAGCUACCGGUGAGGUGGAUGCCUCCAGAGGCCUUUCUUGAUGGGCUAUUUACAACACAAACCGAUGUUUGGUCGUUUGGGGUUGUUCUAUGGGAAAUCUCCUCGUUCGGUAUGCUUCCAUACUUUGGCGUCGACAAUUUUGACGUGAUGGGAUUGGUGACAAGCGGUGGAAGAUUGGAUCCUCCGAACACUGUACCUAUCGAGCUGCACGACUUAAUGCGAAGUUGUUGGAACACAAGAGCUGAAAAUCGUCCAUCGUUCACAGAAAUCGUUGCUAUACUUGAACUUCUUAGUCAGAGGCAAGAAAUAGUGGACAUGCCGAUCAACUGCUUCACUCCGUUGCCGUCUACUCUAGUCUCACCGGUGGGAAAUUCAACACCAGCAAUGCCACUGCCCUCACCUUCGAUAGUGGGCACUCCUUGCACAGCAGUGACAGCACUCAGUCCUGGCACGCCCGAAACAACAACAGGAUUUGGAAUUUCGAUGAGUGGUGUACCGUACACUCCGAUAAAUUCUGAAGCAUUACGAGAACUGCAUGCGGAGAAGUCGAUGAGGAAUGAUCCGGCUGCAGUUUCGGAUUCAGGCCUAACCAGUGGCAACAUUUUCGACAGCAUAGCAACGGUGAAAGAUGCGCUAUUUGGAAAUCGAGUGAGUGAUUCUGGUUUUCAGAUGAAAAGUGCUUGCUGCCUCUGA